GGUGCGAGGCACAUUCCAUUCAUAGCAGCUCUUCUUCUUACUCGCUGUGUGUCUCCAUCCGUCUCGUUCUCUCUCUCAGUGUCUAAUGUUUAAAGUUCAUUCCAACACGCACACACACACACAGCCAGACUCUGUCGUAAGAAGCUGCUGAAGUAGAGAAAACCUUCGGCGGAUAAAUCUAAUCACCUGCGCAAAACAUGAUAGAAUCAUGCCUGAAAAUUAAAACAUAAAUGAGCCAUUAUUCACGAAACAAACGCGAAUUGUUGCGAACAGAUUAAAGAAGUAAUACUUUGUUCACGAGACGAGAAACGGUGUGCGUGCAUGUGAUCAGUGAAACGAAUCUUUGAAUGCAACGAAGAUCUUUCCUACGUUCUGAUAUUAGAUGCAAAUAGUUUGAUUAAAACGAGACAACGCGAAAACGAAUCAGUCGGAUUACACGGCUUUUCCACGCAAUACACACUACCCGAAUGUGAGUGAUCAAUGUGAGUGGAGAUUGCAACCAACCAGCAAAGCAAAACAACGCAAUAAUCAAAGGACCCAACCAUCGUAUUUGUGAUCGUUUCUUGGAAUAUAAGUGUUUAGUAAAAAAAAAUGUCCCAUGGAGGAGCAACGCGGUACUCACAGUACAUAUCCGGUGCAAGUCCUCAGCAACAACAAUCGAACGGAACGGGGAAAUCUUCCAACCAAACGGCAUCUUCAAUGACGACGCAACCACAGCAACCGCAGGUACCUUCGCUUCCCUUCAUGCGACCUCCGAUGCUGGUCACCUCGUCCGGUGCAUCUAUGCUGCCACCACCACCGUGCCCUCAAACACCUCCAGCCACGGGUGGGCUUCCGAAAUAUCCCGGCUCGCCCAUCGGCAGUCUGUCCGGAUCCGAUACGGAUGUGUCCACCUCGAACGAAAACCUGUCGCGUGAGGAACGUUACGUGUUGAGUCAUGCACGGGUCGAACCGCAGGGUGAAGAAAAUCUGCAAGGAAACAUAACACCGGUGAAUGAGAUCCAAGGACGAUUCAUUGGAGAUAAGUUUUCCUCGAACACUUCGUCGGAUUCAACGCGUUACGCCACACCGACAGGUGGUAGCAGUAGUCGCAGUGUCUCGGAAACACGAGGUGGCAGCAUGUACGCCAACAUCGGUACCGGUCCGGAAGGGCCAUCGAAUCGUAGCUCCAUGACUGGCUCAAAUCGCAACUCGUUGAAGGAACCAAACUCAAAUCGCUCGUCGAUGGAUGUGUCGCAGUCGUCGUACAAUACGCUUAUCAUUCACGAUGACAUCUACAGCUCGGUUGCUUCCUCCGGUCGCGAGUAUGCCGGCAGUCCGCCGCCCUACAUGAAGAAGGAGCGACCACGAUCGUACGGUGAGGCGGCACCGAACGCCCCGAUGCAGGAUAUAUCGGAAAUCAGCGAAGAGUAUAUUAACCAAAGCCACGUGCUCAAGCAUCUGGCCAAAGAGGUAAAGUUGUCACGGGCUAAUGCUCGCAACAGUCGCCAGCAGUCGAGUGGUGGUUCUACGGCAUCCAAUGUAGAUGGAGAGAAGAAGACGGCAAACAAGGGUGGACAGGGUCGGCGGGGCAGUGAAACUAAGGCCGGCGGUGGAGGGAAAAGCAACGGGAAGUUGAAAAGCAAAAGCCAACCCGAUCUGACGCGGAUGUACGACAUUGAUCCCGAGGAGGUGGAAGCGUUGGUGAAGGAGAAUCAACUACUUAAGCAACAGUUGAACAAUUGCUAUCUGAAGGUUGCCAAAAGUCAAAAGUUGGAACAGGAAAUAGCAAAUAUCUAUCGAGUGCACGAAGAGCUAGUGCAGUCCUGCGAUCGCCGCGAGCGUUUGGAAAGGGCGGCUCGUACACGGUUGCAGCAGGAUUGCCGAAGGCUGCAGGAGCUGAACCGAGCGUUCCGGGACCAGGUCGAGGUGUACCAGAGCCAACUGCAUGCAUCAUCCGACCAUCAGCUCGGUCGAACGCAACAGGACGUACUCAUCUCACAGCUAGUAAAUCAAAACAAAUCGCUAAUCGAUGCAAAUCGACGACAAUGCAUCGAACUGCAGGCACAGAACGCGACACUAGAAGAACAGCGCAUUCACAUCAACGUACUUGACACGGCACUGAAACGUCUCGAGGAGGAGUGUCGGCAAAAGCAAGUAUACGUGGAGCGUUGUGCACAGCUGCAGCACGCGUUACAAUCACUGCAAAAUGCAAGUGAACGACGCGAGCAGGCCGAACGGAAGUUACGCAUCGACUACGAUAACGAUCUACCAAAUCGAAGCGGUAGCAGUACUAACAGCGAAACGGACAACCUCAAAUGGCAGCUGCGCGAGAAGGACGCGCAAAUAUUACGGCUGGAAUCAGAAUGUGCCCAGCUGGAGCAGCGCAAUCUGGAAGAAUCUAAUGUACGCAACGUGGCCAAACUGGCAAUGGAGCGAAACUCGCAGGAAACCGAACGUAUACUUGCGGAGGCAAAGCAGGAGAAGAUCCGAUACCUUGACGAAGCACACGCUGCCAAUCGGAAGGUAACGGAACUACAGACUCGGCUGAAGUUGGUGGAGAACCGGCUGGCCGAGAAGGACGCUAUGAUACGUGCCUAUCAAGGACAGAAAAUUUAUGGCGGCUCGACAAACUCCUACGGAUCGUACAACCUAUCGUCGGAUAGCUUCGCAUUGAAUCCACUGGGAGCGUAUAACUCGCAGGCGUCUUACGUGGACGUGUCGAGCGGCGCAUUUGAUGUAACCACCGGUACCGGUGGCUCGCUGCUCGACCCAUCGUCCGUUGUCGUGGGACCGUAUGGUCCAGCGGCUACGGCGGCGGUUGUGUCCAGCUUCGCGUCCUCUUACGGCCCGACUGCCAGCAAUCCUUCCUCCUUCGUCCAGAGCUCUCUGAAUCUAACCACCGGCGGUGGUGUUGGCGGUGGAAGCGGUACAGUUGGUGGACCCGGUACCGUCGGUGCCUACUCGUCGCCGGGCAGCAGCAGUACCACCUCGAACUACAGCAGCUCGGCCAACUUCGGUGCCGGCAGUGAGCACACGAUCUACGACAGCAAGAGCUACGACGCGCAGCGUAAAUCCAUCGACGAUCAACUGAAGCAGCUCGAUGAGCAGUUGCUCAGCAAGCGAGGACUUUGCUGCUUCCCAAGCUUGACCACGAAGAAACCGAUCCAAUCGCUAUUGGCCGACGAAGUGUCUGUCCUUUCCACGAACAAUAGUGAAACGUUUCUACAGAAUCUGGCACAUAUCGGAUCGGACCGACGUUCGGAGCAACCUCCAGAGCGGGAUCAACUAAGCAGCGGUGGUCAGAAGGCGGACGAUAUGGUAUUGCUAGAGAAACAGGGUCGAUGCUCGCAGAAGCUGCGAGGUGGCAGCAGUUCUUCCAGCGGAACCUUAGGCAACCUGGCACACGUAUCACAAGCUGUAGGACAAAACAUGACCGACAUCAGCAACAUUGGUGGAUCGGGAGGUGCGGGUGAUAUUUCCAGUGGUGGUUCGGGUGUGUCCAGUAACGGCAAUAAGAUCUCAAAGAUACUAUCCGGUGUUUCGCAACAGGUCGCCCAGCGUGGAUCUUCUCUACCCCCUAGUGCACUGCCAAGACCUCCCAGAAGCUUGAAACCUCCGCGCAAGAUAGAGUACGGUCGGCUAAGUGACGGAGGCGGAAGCGACAGUGGGAAGAAAACACGCGCGACAACGCCACCAUCGCCGGCAUCUUCGUCAGGUGCCAGUCAGAGUGGAGGGAGCCUCAAACGAUCCGGACGAGAGUUCUCGCCCGCUAAAGGAAGUUACGUGGAAAUGAAGGACACGCUACGUCUAACCAAGGACUACCAAGGCGGCACAGCGUUGAAACACAAAUCGUACGGUUCGAUGACAACGGUGGGUUCCGGUGGUGGUACACAACCGUCCGUGGCUAAAUUUGGCUUUGGAUCUUCCAAAUCUGGUACGGGCACGUCCGGACCAUCGGGUGACUAUCCAUCGACGAAAAACUACCAACGACUGGAGGACCCAUCGCCGACGGGUUCCACAGCGGCAGCGACUUCGCUGGGACAUCGGCACAACAACAGCUCCUCGCAGUCGUCUCAGUCGCGCAAAAGCUCCGGAGACUCUGGUACCCUAAAGCGAUCGCUUCUCCCGAACACGGGACGUAAGCCGAAUGUUGCUGCAGGCAUGCCCAAGGGAGGCGGAUCACGCGACUCGUUGAACUCAGCCUCCUCCGGUUCGAAUCACUCGAAUGUGGGACCAGCUCGUUCCAGUCCACAACCACAGCCGCAUCCCGCCGGUUCGGUAUAUCAUCCGCAUCAACUGGUUUCCCGCACGCCACCCCGCUUCCUUCAGCACCAUCAUCAACCUUCCACCUCUGUGGAAUCGAACAAAUCGCAUUCGAACUACCACAGCAUGCCUACGGCCCAGACUGUCCAACAGUUCCAUCACGGUUUCUUCGCCAAGUUUCCUUCCCCGCACGCAGGUUCACCGGUGAGAACGGCGCAACAGCUCCACCCGAAAACGUCCUCUUCCCUGCCGAGCUCCAGUAUUCUGCAUGCCGCUGCCAACUCAUCGGCCACGUCUGCGAUUGGCCAGGCGUCGACGGCUUCUCUGCCACCGAAACCGUCCAUGUUGGACAAGAUGGUAGGAGGAUCGUCCAGUUCGGUCGGCAGUCAGCAACAGCGUCGGGGCAAUAGUUUGGCGCGAGUCGAGAACAAGUAUCGCAUUCAAUUCUGAGAGCAUUUGCUUUAUCAUCUCUUAGGAUGUAGUAAAAGGUUCAUUUUAGUAGAAUAAAAGAUGAUCAAGCAUAUGGUAAUGGGUGUAGAUGUUUUGCUCGUAUGCAACCAAUACUACACGAUCAUCAAAUGCAUUACUUACAGCCAGAAAUUUAAAGACCCGAAUGGUCAAACGCGCGAUACAAAUUGUUGUAAGUAGUCUAACGAAUGACCUAGUGCGAAGAGUAUUGAUUGUAGAAACAGAUAAGAAUUGUUGCAACGUUUGAUGCUUGGUAUUUUCCAAUAACCCAGACAAGUAGUCUCUUGUGUACAUUAAAGUAAAAUUAAAUGUCCUUACAAAAUCGUAAGCAAUGGAAUGUAUGUAAUUUCCAUCCGCUCGAAAUUGGUACUUUUUGGUAGUGUAAAAAAAGAAGAAUGAUUUAGAAACUGAAUAAAGCUAACCCACAACUGUCACCUAGAUUGAGUGCCAUUGUUUCGCUAAACAAACUCAAUUUACGGAUUGGA